CAUUCGCUUUACGUUUGGUUGAAAUCAGCGUCUAUCACCAAAUUAGUGAACUCGAUGGAUUUAAAAAGUUGUAUAUGAAAUAUUCAUUAAUAGCCCACUCAAAUGAGCUACGGUAUAUUUGCAUUGAUCCUAUAUAUUGGCAUAAGAGACCGAAAUUAUGUAGAUUGAAUAUAAAUAUUACAAGUGCGUGUGCUCUCCACAAUUUAAGAAGUCUUUAUUGCAAAGAUAUUAAAGACUAUAACCCCGAGGCAAAAGUAAAACAAGUCGAGAUGAAUCGUACCCAGCGUACACAUAAAAUACCAAUUCCACCAAAAGAGAUGAAUAAGCCAAAACUGGAUAUAAAAGAUAUAGUGACGUUUGACAAAGUUAUAGAAAAAAAAACCGAUGAUGAUUUUACAGUUGCGCCGAAGUUUUACGAUUUAACAGAUAAUGAACUUAACACCCUAAAAAAAAUAAAAAAGAUGAGCAUAGAUCGAGUGAAAAAUUUAAAAUUACCCAAUUUAUUAAGAUUUGAAAGCUAUAAUUUUUACGUGUUGAGAAUGAAAACUAUGGGCGUAAUACCAUUUCAUUUAGAUUUUUUCAAAAAGAAAUUUGGAGUAUUUUUGGACUGGAUACAAGUAACAAUUUUUGAAGAAUUGGGAGUAAAUUUAAAAAUAGAUGUAACUCGAGAACUUACCAAUGAUGUACCUCUCAAUAAUGCAUAACCAGUGGGCAAUGAUAUACCUACCAUAGAUAAAUGAGAUUAAUGAUAUUAUAGGCUCAGACACACUACGUUUAAUUUAUCCUGCAAUUUUGCUUUAUAAAAAUAUUACUAUUCAUACUUUGUUUUAAUUAUACCAACAGGGUCAUAUAGUUAAUUUUAGUUUGUUUUGAUGUACCGAUAGAACUGUCCUAUAUAAUAUUAAAAUUAAUAUUUAAAUAUGUAAAAUUAUUAUUCUUUGACCGCUGAAAAUAUGUUAUUAUUGUAUUAGCUUUAACAAUUGAACUGCUGAUUUUUUUUUUAUAUAUAAUAUAUCUUUUAACCUAAAAUAUUUAGAAUAUAACAGUUUUAUUGUCAUAAAAAUGCUACACACAUAUUUGAAACAAUAUUAUCAUUUAAUAUUUUUACAAAUGUUAAGAUAGUAAUAUAAUACUUAUGUUUAUAUUGUGUUUCCGAUAUAAUCCUAAAACCCAAUGUCCUUAAAUUCUUUCUCCGUAAUUUCUCACUUGUUAGAAAUUGUAAUCAUAGUGUUAUAUGUACUUCACCACUGCCUGUUUUUUGUCGAAGUGGUUGUUUGUUCCCACUUUGUUAUACCACACUCUUAUGUCAGUAUUUCCUUUUACUCUGAAAUAAGGAUUCGUCGAUUUAAAUUAUGGCACCGAACAAGUAUAUUUUAUGAU